AUGCCGCACAGAGGACGUAGAAGAGGUAGGAGAGGGAGGGGACGACCUCCCAUUAGGAGAGGAGGAAGAGGAGACGCCGAUAGAAGUUCUUCCCAAGAGGGGUCGACUACCGACCCAUAUGCGUUUGUACCCCCUCCUGAAUAUGCACCUCCCCCACAAGCUGUACCCCCUCCGAAAUAUACACCGCCCCCUCAAACUGCACCACAGACCGAGUUAGACCCUGCCACAAAGUUAUUGUUGGAAUCCCUUCAAAAAACUAUGCAAACCAUGCUAGACACACAACAGGCCACGUUGUUGGCUACGCAACAAGUCACGGGAAUGGCCACGCAACCAGCCAACGCGGGCCACGCAACCAGCCAACGCGGCGGCCCCGCAACCGGUGGAUGCGAUAGCUAUCCAACUGGUGAUCGCACGGUGGAUCAGUACGAUCAGGACUUCAUGAGAUUGAGAAGGUUUGCACCGUCUUUAACCGACACUAAAGAGAAACAGACAGAAAAAUUUGUGUUAGGAUUGAAUCUGAAAACCCGCCGCAUCUUAGAGGCCUUUAACCCAAAAACCUAUGAAGAGGCCCUAAGGACGGCCAAGGCCCUAGAGAAACCCCCAGAGGAAAAGAAAACAGAGCCAACGGUCACCACAAGGAGGAAACGCCCUGUCGAGGUCGAUACCACAGAGUUCCAACCACCGUUCCAAAGACCUCGAUAUCAGAGAAGGCUACCUUCUCCACCUCCAAUAGUCCGAUACCUAGCAAUGGAGAAGCCCCUGUGCCGUAACUGUGGAAAGCAACAUGUUGGGAGAUGUUUGGCAGGCUCAGGUAUGUGUUAUAUCUGUGGUCAUGCAGGUCAUGUGGCCAGAACUUGCCCUACAAAGAGCCCGGGAAUUCCAAGGGAACCCCUUAGAGGACCGGUCAUCCGAGAGCCCACCUUACAAACCCAUCCACAGACCAAGGCAUAUGUAACGACCAGUAAAGAGGCGGGAACAUCUGGCACCGUGGUGACAGGUACGCUUUCUAUACUAGGACACUUUGCGUUGACAUUGUUUAAUUCUAGUUCUACCCAUUCCUUUGUUGCUUUACCAUUUGUUAAACAAGCAGGGUUCGUAGUAGAACCCUUAAUGCAUGCAUUGUCGGUUGGUACCCCAGCAGGGGUAGACCUAGUUACGAAAAAUAGAGUAAAGGACGGACAAGUGGUAAUAGCUGGACAAACCAUCCACAUAGACUUAAAGGUAGUGGAUAUGCAUUUUGACUUCAUAUUAGGAAUGGACUGGUUAGCAGAAAACUUUGCUACCAUAGACUGCCAUAAGAAGGAGGUGAUAUUCACACCUCCCAACAGACUUACCUUUAAGUUUAAAGGAACCUCCACAGGUACCACCCCAAAAAUAAUAUCGAUGAUGAAAGCGAGACGCUUGAUACAACAAGGGAGAAAGGCGUUUCUAGCCUGUGCAGUAAAUACAAAAGGAAAGGAAAAACCCAUAGAUACAGUACCCGUAGUAAAUGAAUUUAUGGAUGUCUUCCCGGAGGACCUCCCGGGAAUUCCUCCAUCGCAAGAGGUAGACUUUGGAAUAGAUCUGGAACCAAGAACGGGACCCAUCUCUAAGGCCCCGUACCGCAUGGCACCAGCAGAACUAAAAGAGCUUAAAACACAACUGCAAGACCUGCUAGAUAAGGGCUUCAUUCGACCUAGCGUGUCCCCUUGGGGUGCGCCAGUGUUGUUUGUUAAAAAGAAAGACGGCUCAAUGCGUUUAUGCAUUGAUUAUAGGGAAUUAAACAAGAGGACGGUAAAGAACAAAUACCCGUUACCUCGUAUUGAGGACCUAUUUGAUCAACUACGUGGGGCGACAGUGUUUUCUAAAAUAGAUCUUCGAUUAGGAUACCAUCAAAUUAAGAUUAAAAAUGAAGACAUACCGAAAACAGCCUUUCGAACCAGAUAUGGCCACUACGAGUUUGUGGUGAUGUCUUUUGGUCUCACCAAUGCCCCAGCGGUAUUUAUGGAACUAAUGAACCGAGUAUUUAAGGAGUGCCUAGACUCGUUUGUGAUCGUGUUCAUAGACGAUAUCCUGAUAUACUCGAAAACAGACCUAGAACACCAAGAGCACCUUCGCAAAGCCUUAACUAUCCUAAGAGAGAACAAGCUGUAUGCCAAAUUCACCGAGUGUGAAUUUUGGCUACGACAGGUUUCGUUUCUGGGGCACGUAGUGUCUAAAUACGGAAUCUUCGUAGAUCCCAAUAAGAUAGAAGCAGUCACGAAAUGGAAACGCCCAACAACGGUCACCGAGAUACGAAGUUUCUUGGGAUUGGCGGGUUACUAUCGAAGGUUUGUUCAGGACUUCGCUAGAAUAGCCACGCCUCUCACCCAAUUGACAAAAAAAGGUGUACCUUUUGUUUGGGACGAUACUUGUGAGGCCAGCUUUCAAGAACUAAAACAAAGACUAGUAUCUGCACCAGUGCUCACAGUUCCAGAAAGUUCUGUGGGAUAUGUGAUUUACAGUGACGCGUCCAAAAAGGGAUUAGGUUGUGUACUGAUGCAACAUGGCAAGGUGGUUGCGUAUGCGUCACGCCAACUAGAUUACGAGAAAAACUAUCCUACACAUGAUUUGGAGCUGGCAGCAGUGGUGUUCGCGUUAAAAAUUUGGCGACACUACCUGUAUGGCGAAAAUUCUCAGAUCUACACGGACCACAAAAGCCUAAAAUAUUUGUUCACCCAAAAAGAAUUGAACAUGAGGCAACGUAAAUGGUUAGAGCUGGUAAAAGAUUACGACAUAGACAUCCAGUACCACCCUGGAAAAGCAAAUGUAGUCGCUGAUGCACUGAGUCGAAAAGUAGUACACUCGUCGGCCCUCAUCACCAGGGAGCCACGAGUGCGAACUGAUUUCGAACAGGCUGAUAUCGCGAUAUAUCCAAGUGGAACAAAGAUGUAUCAAGACUUGAAACAACACUUCUGGUGGCGAAGUAUGAAGAAGGAUAUCGCGGAGUACGUGAGUAAGUGUCUAGUGUGCCAACAAGUAAAAGCCCCUAGGCAGAAAACCGCCGGGCUACUACAACCUCUAAGUAUACCGGAAUGGAAAUGGGAAAACAUUGCCAUGGAUUUCAUAGUAGGCCUACCCAAAACAUUAAAGGGCUAUACGGUAAUCUGGGUGGUCGUGGACUGCCUGACAAAGUCGGCUCACUUCCUACCGGGUAAGGCAACAUAUACAGUAGACAAUUGGGCACAACUGUAUGUUAAAGAAAUUGUGAGGUUGCAUGGAGUACCGGUGUCAAUUGUAAUGCGUACCGCGCAGAGUAGGCAAAAGAACUACGCCGACGUUAGGCGUAGGAAUUUAGAGUUCGAAGAGGGGGACCCAGUGUUCCUAAAUGUAGCCCCCAUGAAAGGUAUUCUAAGAUUCGGACGCAAGGGGAAGCUCAGCCCCCGAUUCAUUGGACCGUUCGAAAUUCUAGAAAGAGUAGGUCCGGUAGCUUACAAACUAGCUUUACCACCUUCACUUUCAAGCGUACACGAUAUAUUUCAUGUGUCCAUGUUAAGGAAAUAUAUUCCAGACCCGACGCACGUAAUAAACUACAAGCCUCUCAAAAUCAAGGAAAAUUUAAGUUACCACGAGAAACCGAUUAAAAUUCUAGCCCAAGAGGUGAAAGCCUUAAAUAAUAGGAGUAUAGGUUUCGUUAAGGUAUUGUGGCGUAAUCACCAAGUUGAGGAAGCUACGUGGGAACGAGAGGAGGAAAUAAAGAAAAAAUAUCCCGAGUUGAUCCACGAGUUCGAGACUUUCGAGGACGAAAGUCCCUUUUAG